AUGAGUCUUGUUCCAGGUGCGGGUGUCGAUCGUCGAUUAACGGUUGCUGAGAAGUUACGGAUAUGUUUUGCGUCCGUAGCACUGCCUGCAUUGCAAGCAUCGGCAAGCACGAGUUUGUGUGUGCUUGGCCUUUUGUUUAUACCGCUUUAUAUGGCACAGGUUUUUGUGCGAAUGAUGGUGCUAUGUAUCUUUUUAUGCGUUGUGCAUGGCUUGGUUAUAAUUCCCUCUAUGUUGGUGCUAAUCGAUGUGGUGCUACGGUUGGUCAGAAGGCCAAGGACGCGAACCGUUGUGGCACCAGCGACCUCAUCGUGA